AUGGUCUCUGCCUCCCCUGCCAUUCGUCGUCAAGCUUCCAGCACCGACAACUGCGUUGCCAAGGACAACAAGUGCCGCACCACUCGCGGUGCUGACGGUCUUUCCGCCAACCAGGCUCAAUGUUCCGCAGACAAUGCAGCUUGCCAGGGUGCUUGCUACGCUGCCUACAACACUUGCAGAACCACUCGUGGACCUGAUGGCCUCUCCGCCAACCAGGCUCAGUGCGUUUCCGAAUACGCCAGCUGCCUCGGCGAGAACCCCGUCGCUUCCACUGGCGGUCUGAUCUCGAGCUUCAUCCCUUACUCCGCUACUGCAUCUUCC